UUAUUCAAUAUUAGCAUAUUUAUUGAGUAAAAUUAAAUCUUUGCACAUGUAAUUCUAGGUGCCAACUGACAACAAUUAACAGUACAUAUUAUUAGCGCAAAAUGGCAAGUGGAAAAGAAGAAAAACCAGAAUCAUCAGAAUCUGAAAAGCGAUAUCCAUUUGAGUCACUUUGUGACGAAAGUUCAGAUGAGGAGCCAGGUCCAAGUUCAAUUACAAAUAAUCAAGGAUCAGCAAAAACGAGCGAUGAAAAAAGUCGAUCAACGGAAACUGAAAUUCGUUAUCAAGUCGGGUCUGCAAUGUCCAGCAGUAGCUUGGACCAAGGGGUGUGCAUUGGCAUAGGUUUGACGGAGAGUAGCUCCUCUGCCACAGUUACUAAAAAGAAGAAUCCUACUCCUGUAAACCAGUCAUUGGAUGGACUCAGUUCUGACGUUGAUACGGAAGAGGCUAGUAAACCAUAG